AUGGCGGGGCAGCUCUACCACGAACCGGUAGUAUUCCGCUGGACGCCGACAGACCUACCGACGUUACCUCGCACGGGGUGGGAGAGGAGCACAGAGGCCUUUGGGACGACAUUACCAGUCGGCUGCCGGGUCGAGGUAGUCCUGCCCUCGCUACCGACCGACAACAUUGAGGACUGGGUAUAUGAGGACUGGGUAUACGAGGACACUUCGGCCACGACGGCCGAUAGGGGACCGCUGAUACCGCCGCUAGAUGAGGAGGGGGAUAUUGCACGCUGGAUCUGGGCGCGGUACCCGCCGCGGCAGCCGUGGCUAGUAACGAGCUACAGCGACGAUAUCUUUACCCGGAUUCGGGCGGUAGACCAAGCCCGCUGCGAGGCCGUCGGGCUGCAAAAGUUCCCGAGGUUGAAGCAAGUAGACGCCGAGGAGCUAGACGAGCUUGCGGAUCUAAACUCGAUCCGAAGGGAAGAACAGCGCGCUAUCGAGCAGUCUGCCCGGUACCGCGAACUGGCGGCGAGAGCAAAGACGGCGCUCCGGAAGGUCUGGAAGUAUGAUACGUAA